AUGGGCACCUACACAUCCGCCGAAGAGGUCAACAAUACCUACGCGAGGCUGCGCGAUACCUUUCAAUCUGGCAAGACCAAGUCAGUUGAAUGGCGCAAAUGGCAGUUGAAGCAGCUUUGGUGGCUCGUGAGCGACAACAAGGAUCGCUUUCUGGACGCGCUGCACAAAGACUGUAAUCGAAGUGCCUAUGAAUCUCUCGUCUCCGAGUAUACGGGGAUCCUCAAUGAGAUCUUGUAUCAUCUCCAGAAUGUCGAUCAGUGGAUUAAACCCAGAAGGCCGGACGAUGGGUCGUUGCCAAUGACCUUGUUGGCUGGUGCGAGUCUCCGACCAGAGCCACGGGGUCUCGUCUUGAUCAUUGGGCCCUGGAACUUCCCCGUCUCAUUACUCCUGCGGCCUCUGGUAGCGGCCAUUACUGCGGGCUGCACUGCGAUUUUAAAGCCUUCUGAGUUGACCCAAGCUAGUCAGGCAUGCCUGGUAGAGCUAGUUCCGCAAUAUCUAGAUACCGAUGCGAUCAGCAUAGUUACGGGCGGACCAGGAGAGACCACAAGCCUAUUGCAGAACAAGCAAUUUGAUCUCAUCUUCUUCACUGGCUCGCCUGCGGUGGGCCGACUUGUUGCAGAAGCGGCGGCCAAGCAUCUUACCCCAGUCGUGCUGGAACUCGGUGGACAGGGCCCCGGUAUUGUGACGGCGUCCGCUGAUAUCGAUUUUGCGGCUAAAAGUAUCGCUUCGACCAAAUACAUGAACGCCGGUCAGUCAUGCCUCGCUGUCAACCAUGUCUUGGCACAUCCUAGUGUCGCUGAGCAGCUUGUCGAGCUGUUGAAGUUCCAUUUUGAAGCAUUCGCGGCAGACGGGCCAGACUCAAUGACCGCAGUGAUCAACAAGAAGAACUUUGAUCGUCUGAAAAAUUCUAUUGAGAAGAGUCACGGCACUGUUGUCUAUGGUGGACAAGCCGAUCCAGAUAAGCUCUCCAUUCGACCCACCAUUCUUACCGAUCUCACACCUAAUGACCCAAUUUUGUCGAGUGAAAUCUUUGGUCCCAUCUGUCCCAUCCUGAUUACCACCACGGAGGAUGCGAUCCGAUCAAUAAACAGUACUCAUUGCCAGUUAACAGUCAUCACAUCCACGACGUCGGGCGGUGUGACUGUGAACGACACUCUUGUCCACGCGGCCGUUUUGGGGGCACCUUUCGGAGGAAUUGGUGAAUCUGGCUAUGGGACGUACCACGGCGCCUACGGAUUCAAAGCUUUCUCUCACAUGCGUACGAUUGCGAAUACCACCGGUCUCAUCCGCUCUCUUUUCGGCGUCCGCUAUCCUCCUUACUCGAAGAAAGACCCCAAUAGGCUCGCCGUCAAGAACUCUCUCGGAUUCAAACGUGGGGAAACAAUACUUGACCAGAGGAUAGGCCUUGCUGGAUGGUUCCGGGAUCAAUCAGCCAAGAUCAUUCGCCUGACGCUGUUGUCUACGUUGUUUGUUCUCGCGGACAAGGGCGCAGGGGGCUGGCUGGGACUCCACCGGUCAAUGACUUAUGCUGCUAGUGUGAUUAAGUCGCUUGCAGUUUCCGUGGUAAAGGUCAUCCAGAAAAGAGCCUUGUAA